AUGAGCGGCCGCACGUCCAACGGCGGGGCGGCGGCGCGGCCCCGGGGUGCCCGCGGCGCCUCGGCCCGCGCCCCGCGCCCGCUGGAGGGCGAGACCCAGCCGCUGCGGCCCCGCCGCCCCGCCGGCCUCGAGGUGGUGGUCUGCGGCGCGGAGCAGCCCGCGGCCCCCGCGGCCGGGCCGGAGGCGGGAGAGGAGCGGGCGCGGGGAGCGCGGCGGAACCAGAACAUCGGCUACAAGCUGGGCCACCGGCGGGCCCUCUUCGAGAAGCGGAAGCGCCUCAGCGACUACGCCCUCAUUUUCGGGAUGUUCGGCAUCGUCGUCAUGGUCACGGAGACGGAGCUGUCCUGGGGGGUCUACACCAAGGAGUCGUCGUACUCGUUUGCACUGAAAUGCCUUAUCAGCCUCUCGACCGUCAUUCUCCUGGGGCUCAUCGUCAUGUACCACGCCAGGGAGAUCCAGCUCUUCAUGGUGGAUAACGGCGCGGACGACUGGCGGAUUGCCAUGACCUACGAGCGGAUCUUCUUCAUCGCCCUGGAGCUGGUCGUCUGCGCCAUCCACCCCAUCCCGGGCCAGUACCUGUUCACCUGGACGGCGCGCCUGGCCUUCACCUACGCCGCCUCGGUGGCCGACGCCGACGUGGACAUCAUCCUCUCCAUCCCCAUGUUCCUGCGGCUCUACCUGAUCGGGCGCGUCAUGCUGCUGCACAGCAAGCUCUUCACCGACGCCUCCUCCCGCAGCAUCGGCGCCCUCAACAAGAUCAACUUCAACACACGCUUCGUCAUGAAGACCCUCAUGACCAUCUGCCCCGGCACCGUGCUGCUGGUCUUCAGCAUCUCCUCCUGGAUCAUCGCCGCCUGGACGGUCCGCGUAUGCGAGAGGUACCACGACAAGCAGGAGGUGACCAGCAACUUCCUGGGCGCCAUGUGGCUGAUCUCCAUCACCUUCCUCUCCAUCGGCUACGGCGACAUGGUGCCGCACACCUACUGCGGGAAAGGCGUGUGCCUGCUCACCGGCAUCAUGGGCGCCGGCUGCACGGCUCUCGUCGUCGCGGUGGUCGCCAGAAAGCUGGAGCUCACCAAAGCCGAGAAGCACGUGCACAAUUUCAUGAUGGAUACGCAGCUAACGAAGCGGGUGAAAAACGCCGCCGCCAACGUACUCAGGGAAACGUGGCUCAUCUACAAACACACCAAGCUGGUGAAGAAGAUCGACCAUGCCAAAGUUCGGAAACACCAGCGUAAGUUCCUCCAAGCCAUCCAUCAGCUGCGGAGCGUGAAGAUGGAGCAGCGGAAACUGCACGACCAGGCGAACACGCUGGUGGACCUGGCCAAGACCCAGAGCAUCAUGUACGACAUGGUGUCCGAGCUGCAGGAGCGCCACGAGGACCUGGAGAAGCGGCUGCGCGCGCUGGAGAGCAAGAUCGAGGCGCUGGGGCUGAGCCUGCUGGCGCUGCCGGGGCUCGUGGGCCAAGCCGUGGGGCGGCAGCAGCGGGAGCUGCCCGGCCGCCGGCCCCCCGGCCGCCGCCGCCGCUCCCCCUCCACCGCGCCGCCCACCUCCUCGGAGAGCGGGUGACGGGCGCCGCGGCCCCGGGCGCCCUGCUAACGUCUGGCCAUCGUGUGGCCGAUCUCAGUAGCUUUGUUCUGUAAAGCCCUGUACAGUUAAACUUCCCGCGGUCACUGUGCUGGCGCCCCGGGACGGGCCCCGCGCCCGGGCUGCGGACCCCCCGGGGCUGCCGCGAUGCAGC